AUGUACCCUGCAGAUAAUCAGCUUUGCAGUAGUGCUCUACACUUUGGAUCUGCAUUAAUGCGACCGUUUGAACCGAAGCGUAACGUUGAUGGUUUAAGCAAUAAAUACACUGAUAAUCUUUAUGAAUUUGCACCAAGACCAAGCUGUAUCAACGGACCCACUUGUGGAUCGAAAUAUUUGUUCUGUGACCAUUCACAUGGAUUAGCUGCACGUUGUGUGUCGAUGAUACGGAUUGGUGGAAAUUGCUCUGGAUAUAAACAUCAUGAACCAGUUUGCUACAAUGGCCGUUGUAUCAACGGCCGAUGUGUUCCACUGAAUAUUCAACAAGCCGUACACCAUCCGCUGAUACUGCCCAAGAAAGAACCAAAGAUAAUGUCAGUUCAAGCGGACUGUUACAACGAAAAUGAAUGUUGUUCAACAUGGGCGUCAGCCGGCGAAUGUGAACGAAAUCCGUCGUACAUGAACGAGUGGUGUAAAGUUGCUUGUAAAAUUUGUCAUCCUAAUUUCAAUCCUCUACUUGGUUGGUUCGCUUGCUCAUUGGAACGAAUCCUUUUCUCGCUUUAA